GAAAUCCGGAAUAAAAUAAUUUCGUUUAUCGAUUUCUGGGAAUAUAUCGAUUAUCGAAUGAUUCAAAAAGCAGUUCCCCUUUUUGACAUUUCCAGUUAUCAACAACAUUUUUGAAUCGCAAGUGUAAACACGUAGUGUAGAAUAGGAAUUCGACUUAAUUAUAAGGAUGGAAGAGGAUACUUCAGCAGAAGAUGUUAUGUCGGAAGAAAUGCUUCAAAAGCUAAGGAAUUGGCAGCAAGAGCAGAAAAAUCGCUUAAUGGAGCAACAACAACAUCAAAGACUACUUCUUAUGGAAAAACAAAAGAAACUUUUAUCCAUGAUCAAUGCUGGUGACACCACUAAUACCUCAGAAAAUGGUUCGUUUGAAAUUGUAGAAGCUCCCAAUUUGAUAUCAACAGGAAAAUGUGAUAAUCAGAAAGAAAAUAGAGACAAUAACCAACAAAAUUCUAUCACCUCGCCACAAAACGUUGAUGAUGUACCAUUAAAGAAACCAAGAUCUGUGCAAACAUUUCAGCAAUUGCUAGAGACUUCAAUAAAUACUAAAGAUCAAGCAUUAACAUCACAAAACGCUGCUCAAGCUAAAAAGUUUACAUUUCUGAAAAGAGGACAGGGAAUAUCUAGAUUUGGUGUCAUCACAAAACCAAAAAUAGAAAAAUCAACCCAUUCUAAAGGGAACCAUGGAAAAGAAAACAAAAUUCCUUCUACUUCAAUGAGUUCAAAAAUUCAAAUAAAGGAAAAAUUUCCCAAACCAGUAUUAGCACCUGUGCAAAAUCAAAUUACCUUGAAACCAACUCCUGUUGAAUCAGUGCAAGAUACAAAAAUUUUAUACCAGAUUCUACCCUUUACAGGCCGAAGAGUCGAUGAAUCUUUAAGAGACGUUAACUCGUCUAGAAACGAAGAGGAUCUUGCCGUUUUCGAGCUCUUGGAACGUUUUGCUAACAUCAACGCUAGCUUUUCGUCCAGUUCUUCUCUUAUCGGCCAACUCAUUGAUAAAGGAGUGACACAUCUCCCUUCUCCAUCAAAAGUCAUCAAUUUCCUUUCAAGAAAAGGAACAAGCAGCAAUGAAGAGGUUGAAGUUAUCACCGAAAGGACAUCGGGUAAACCUAGUAGGCACGUUCGCUUUGCUGAGCAUGUCGAAGAAGUGCAGACACAAACCAACGAAGAAUACGAGAAACCUUGGUUGGCAGACAUUUCAGAAGAAGAUCCUGGUCAUUCUCACGCAUCACCUUACGUUUCCAACACUAUUCGACCCAGCCAGCAUUCAAACGAGCCUACUUGUCCUAUUCGGGAGCCCUUCGACUUAGAUGAAACGCCUACGUCGCCAAUAGGUUUUCCAGAUUAUCAAAAACUGUUCGGCAAUCCGGUCCGAUUGUGGAACAAUGAAGAACUUACUUCACCUACUACCCAGGAAGAAAACUUCCUUAAAACUAAUAAUCCUCUGAGCAAUAUCUCUGAUCCUGUUAUCGACCAAAUAAAAGGUGCUGCUUCUUUACAACUACCCAUAGAAGAUCCUCGUGUUGUUUACCAAACAUCACUCUUACGAUCUCGACUCACCAGCCUUGAACGCGAAAUCGCCAACUACAGACGAGAAACCGAAGCUAUCCGUCGGGCAAGAAAAGAGCACGACGAAUCUAAACAAAAGUUGGAGCAGGAACAAGAAAAAUUUAGACGGUACACUGAAAACGAGAAGCGAAGAUUGCAGUUACUCUAUAGUGAGGAACAGAAAAGAGUACGAAUUGAACAAAUCAAAGAUCUACCUCAACUGAAAGAAAACGUAGAGGAAUUGAAAAAAUUAAGAGAAGAAUUGAAGCAAGCGAAAGAAGAACAUCGACAGAAGGAGAACAAAUGGAUGGCAAGUCAAACCGUCGUCCAGGAAAAGAUACGUGCACUUGAAAUACGUAAUCGCGAAUUAACCGAUAACCUUGAAAAAGUGCGCGCCGAAGAACAAAAUCUGCGACGUCGGCUUAAUGCCAGUCUUCGACCCGGGGCUUUGGCGAAAAAUUCAAAAAGCGAGAAAUCAAUUCCUGUGAUUGCAGAAGCAAAUGUGCCUGCAGUACGUCCUCAGAGUCCACAGAUUGCUUUGGUUAAUCCUACCGAAACUGUCCCUAAUGGCUCAGCAAGGAAUCCCCAGAAAAAUCCUACACAACCCAGCGAUUCACUAAGUCGCCAAAAACCCGAAGAAACCCUUCUUGUGAACUCAAGUCCUGGAUCUGGUAGUGUUUCACAAACUGUACUGCCCGAUGGAACCAAGUUGGUGCUCUACCCGAAUGGCAAUCGCAAGGAAAUUUGGCCUGAUGGCAAAGGAACACAGGUGGUUUAUUACAAUGGUGAUAUCAAGCAGAAGCUUGCUGAUGGAAGUGUUAUUUACACCUACGCUGACAGUGGCACAAAGCACACCACUAAGCCAGAUGGAACAGAUAUUCUUGAAUUUUCAAGUGGACAGAUUGAAACUACUUAUCCAGAUGGCCGUUCUCAGGUCGAAUAUCCCGGAGGAGCACAGAAGAUGAAAUAUCCUGAUGGCCGAGAAGAUUCUCAAUUGCCUGAUGGCACAAAACUAUGGACGGAUGGCAAGGGUCAUGGAGUUAUGACUUUUCCUUCGGGAAUCAGAGAAAUUUACACUCCUAUUUGCAAGAAAAUGAAUUCGUCAUUUAUGCAUCCACGUAACCCCUAUCGAACUCCUCCAGACUUUAAAGAAUUAGCGUUGAAGUUUCCUGAAUUUAGAAAACAUGCUAAACAGAAACUUACAGGAAAAAUUGAAAUAGAUUUCAAGGAUGCAGCAGCAGUGAGAGCACUAUCUACUGUUCUUCUGAAACGUGACUUCAAUCUUGAUGUUGAAUUACCUCCUGACAGACUUGUUCCUACUCUUCCACUACGUCUCAACUAUUUACUUUGGGUUGAAGACUUACUUCAACAAGUUAAUCCAGCUAGUGAGCAAAUUGUUCAUGGAAUUGACAUAGGAACUGGUGCCUGUUGUAUCUAUCCCAUACUUGCAGCCCGAAUGAAAGGUUGGCAUUUUACUGCAACAGAAGCAGAUGAGACAAACUACAAAUGCUCAUUAGAAACAUUAGAGCGGAACUGCUUACAAAGCCAUGUUACAAUUGUCAAAGUAACAGCUGAAUCCAUGUUACAUGGAAAUAUCGACACCAGUCGUAAGUAUGACUUUACAAUGUGCAACCCACCCUUCUUUGACAGUGAUAGUUUUGGACCAAAGUCCAGAAGUGAUAAAAGACCAUUACCAAUGUGUCCUAAGUCUGGUGGUUCUGCUUCUACCACUGAAAUCGCUGUAAAGGGUGGUGAGGUAAAAUUCAUAGAAAAUCUUAUAAAAGAGUGCCAAGAAUUAAAAUCUUGUGUAAGAAUAUUUACUACUAUGUUAGGACACAAAUCAAGUUUGGCUCCAAUCAUCCUUCUUCUCAAAGAGGCGGGCGCUUCUUCCUGGAGUGAAACCGAAUUCUGCCAGGGUCGCACUACACGAUGGGGAUUGGCGUGGACGUUUUGUGAUAACUUGACAGUUCCAAAAUUACCACAAAUACGGCCAAAAAAUAACGGAAAAGGACCACCCCCUUUGAAUUACGUCAUUUCAAAUGAACGGUGGAGCAAUAAAGGGGAUUUAUCGGUUGCUUGCGUCCUGAUGAAGAUUCUAGAACUCCUCAAUUCUUUAAAAAUGGAGAUCAGGAAAAUCAAAGACAAGAAGGAUAAAAAAGCAAUCGAAUUCGUCGCAAGAGAAAAUACGUGGUCAAACCAACGUCGAAAACAACGAGAAGGAAAGCGCAAUUCAGAACAAGCUUGUGAACAACCCGAAUCUAAACGAGCUAAGAUUGACGGGUGUCCGCUUGGGCUACAAAAAGAUCAAAACUUUUGCCUCAAAGGAUUACUUUUUCUUGAAGAAACAAAUACAGAGUCGAUCCAAUUACAAAUGUAUUGGAUCGAGGGAGGUUCGGGACGAGAAUCAAUUAAUCAAAUUUUACAGUACAUGAAAAAUCAUUUAUUUGAAAAAUGAAAAUAAAUAAUUUGA